AUGGAGGUGCCCGUAAUGAGGACCCGCGUGUCUUCGGCCUCCGCAGACUUCGACCUAGAAACUGCAGCAGGGAAAUCGUACUCCCAUGAGGAGCCCAAAGAGAGAACUCCAUUCGAUUAUCUUAAAAAAGCCAGCCGCCUUUGGCUUGCACUCGCUGCGUUUCUCCUCAUCCUGUUCUUUUGCCUUUCGUCAUCCGUCUUCAAUCAGUCGCCUAGCGGCUCCCAAAACUACAACCUACAUCAAACGGGUUCUACUACUUCGGGGGAGGAUCCUUUGCUUGUUGGCCACCGCAUAGCCUCUCUGGAUCGCGUGCAGUCGACACUAGAAGCCCAACCGCACCGCCGGCAUCUUCCCCACCACCACGUAGCGCAUGCAGCAGCACAAACUCACGACAGCGAAGGCAUGACAAUCGAAGGGCAGCAGAAAGCACAGCAACACUUGGAUGAAGAGGAAACAGAUGAAGAUGACAACGACUAUGCAGAAGAGGACGAAGAAGAGUCUCACUUAGACAGAGAAUAUCUGGCAGAAGCGCAUUCCGAAUACCUCCGCAAUGAAGAGCUUGACGAAGGCAAACAACAUCCAGAUGAACCAGAGUACAUUGACAUAUGGGACGGGGUAUCUCACGAAGAUCUGCAUAUAUCGGAGGGUGUUCCUGGGUUGAAGACACCUCUCUACCGCCUCCCGUUUGUUGACGGACAGCACAACGACACUCACAUCAUCGGCGUGCAUACAAAAAAGGUAUAUUUGCCCCGCUUUCUAAGCGUCAGCGGUGGCAAGAGACUCCCAGAUAUCACGGGCACAUACAGGAUGUACAUGAUCAAGGACGGGAGACCCAAGCCACACCUCAACCACGGCAGACUCAUUUGGCAAAAGGAGGGACAGAACUCGUCUAUGUUUCUGUACUACGAUCAUAUGCAUCACACGUGGGUGUUCAACAACGAGUUGGAGCUGCGCAAGCCUCAGCCUUUGGCUUUCCUCGCCCAUGGAGCUAUUUUGCCCAUCAGCAAAAGAAGCGACAGAACAUUUCGAAAAUACGGGGCCCCGAAAAGCGUACACUGGAUAGUGAGAGACAUAGUCAGUGGAGACUCUCGGCCAGACGGCACCAUCAAAGUUGAAGCCGACCCACGGCGGAGUGGAGACGCAGACCUGCAACCGUUAUUAUUGCAGAAGGUCUACCACGCCCCUGAAGACGGCUCUCUUGACGGUGAGGGGGAAAUGGAUGACUUUGAGUUGUUUGAAGAGGAGCACGAAGAGGACGAAGACGAAGAGGAGGAGCUGCCGUUGGAUGAACACGGCGAGCCUAUUGCCCUACCCAUUGGGGCGCGCAGCUUCCAACAGUUUAUCACCCACUUGAGGACAAAUGUAUACCACACAUUUGACACUUUGCACCCGCGGUAUGAUCACAAGGAAAUACUCAGGGACCCCAUCACAUUCGUCGAAACCAACGCUCAUCCAGACUUAGUGGGGCCCGAAAGGCUUGACGGCUACUCCCACGACGUCGUCCCCCACCCACUAAGGAAAUCUAUCCAAAACGAAGAGAUUCACUGA